UACCUUAAACCCGGCCCAAUGCCGCUGCUGCGCCACUCUGCGCGCCGGCGGGGCUGCGCAGGACGAGCGCUCCGCCCGCCACCAGGCUGGAGCCGGCGCGGCAACACCUGUUCGCGGCCGCAGAGCGCACGCGAGCCCCGGACGCUGCUCCCUCGCUCGCCGCUUGCCGCCCUUGCUAAGCCAAUGGACCUCCGCCGAGCCGCUGUACAACUCUGGAUCCUAGCGUUGGACGCCUAAAGUUUUCUCCUCCUUUUUGUUUUAUUAUUGUUAUUGAUUUCUUUGGAGGGGGGAACCGGGAGGGGAGAUUCUUCGCCGCCACCAGCGUAAGAUUUUUUUUUCUCCCCCUGGAAGGAUUCCUGCUGAUGUCUGCAGAGUCGGUUAGAGUAAAAACGGCGCAUGCCUUCCCCGAGUCAGGACCCGUGGAUUCUGACGUAGCCCGUGCAUCUUAAAAAUCCUGUAAUAACGCCUAGGCAUUGAAGUUGCUAUGGUCAUUUUGAUCCGGAAACCAAAUGGAGAAACUACGGAUUUUUUCCCUUAUGACGGCCGGCUGGGAUGAAGACAUGCCUGCCUUCUAGGAGCUGGGGUUCUGUCAGUAGAGAUACAUACUAGAUAUGUUUAUCAGUAUGUCAGUGUGUGAGUAUAAAGCGAGGGUUUCUUAGACUGUUAGUGGUUUGACCUUGAGCCUGUGCCAGUGAAACAGCAGAUUACUUUUAUUUAUGCAUUUCAUGGAUUGAAGAAAAGAACCUUUUUUCCCUCUUUUCUGCAACCGCAGUAAGGGAAGGGAGUUGGAUAUACCUCUCCGAAUAUCUCCCGGGUUGGCACCAUCAUUAUUGUUUAUUCCUGUGCUCCAACAGCCCAGCCUUCUGAUGGCUCCCUUAGGUGAAGUUGGGAACUAUUUCGGUGUGCAGGAUGCGGUACCGUUUGGGAAUGUGCCGGUGUUGCCGGUGGACAGCCCGGUCUUGUUAAGUGACCACCUGGGUCAGUCCGAAGCAGGGGGGCUUCCCCGGGGACCGGCAGUCACGGACUUGGAUCAUUUAAAGGGGAUUCUCAGGCGGAGGCAGCUGUACUGCAGGACUGGAUUUCACUUGGAAAUCUUCCCCAAUGGUACUAUCCAGGGAACCAGGAAAGACCACAGCCGCUUCGGCAUUCUGGAAUUUAUCAGUAUAGCCGUGGGCCUGGUCAGCAUCCGAGGCGUGGACAGUGGACUCUAUCUGGGGAUGAAUGAGAAGGGGGAGCUGUAUGGAUCGGAAAAACUAACUCAAGAGUGUGUAUUCAGAGAACAGUUUGAAGAAAACUGGUAUAAUACCUACUCUUCAAAUCUGUAUAAACACGUGGACACUGGAAGGCGAUACUAUGUUGCGUUAAAUAAAGACGGGACCCCAAGAGAAGGAACGAGGACUAAACGGCACCAGAAAUUCACACAUUUUUUACCUAGACCAGUGGACCCUGACAAAGUACCUGAACUAUAUAAGGAUAUUCUAAGCCAAAGUUGACAAAGACAAUUUCUUCACUUGAGCCCUUAAAAAAGUAACCACUAUAAAGGUUCCAUGCGGUGGGUUCUUAUUGAUUAGCUGUGUCAUCACAUCAGCUCCACUGUUGCCAAACUUUGUCGCAUGCAUAACGUAGGAUGGAGGCUUGGAUGGGAACACGCUGAUUUUAUUCUGCACUUAUGGGCCUGCCCUUUGGGAGGCUGGCCUGUACUCAUUGGCUUGAUUUAUUGUGAGAAGAGGAGACUGAGAGCGGGGGUGUGAGUGUGUGAGUGGAUGAGCCGCAGGGAAAUUGAAGAGAGGAGGACACAGAGAGGACGACGGCCUGAUGCAUGCUGGGGAAUAGACACGCUUUCACAUGUCCGAUCAGUUGUCCUUCACCCUAUGUCAGCACAGCUGCCACACUUUGACUCAUCAGGACCUUGGCUGGUGCCCGGCAAGGGUACGCUGCAUUUUCAAAGGCAUGGAGGGUGCAGUCUCACUUAAGAGACAUUUUCAGUUAAUUCUCACUGGUGCCAUCCCAGUGAAUUUAAAGCAAAGACCUCUUAGUGUAAAAAAAAAAAAAAAAAAAAAGAAAAGAAAAAACGAAAAAAA